AUGGGUAUCUCUCGCGACUCUCGCCACAAGCGCUCCGCCACCGGUGCCAAGCGUGCCUACUACCGGAAGAAGCGCGCUUUCGAGGCUGGCCGCCAGGGUGCCAACACCCGUAUCGGCACCAAGCGUGUCCACACCGUCCGCACCCGCGGCGGCAACCACAAGUACCGCGCCCUGCGCCUCGAGUCGGGUAACUUUGCCUGGGCCUCCGAGGGCUGCACACGCAAGACGCGCGUCAUCGCCGUCGCCUACCACCCCUCCAACAACGAGCUGGUGCGCACCAACACCCUGACCCGCAGCGCCGUCGUCCAGGUCGACGCCGCGCCCUUCCGUCAGUGGUACGAGGCUCACUACGGCCAGCCCAUCGGUCGCCGUCGCCAGAAGGCCCAGGGUAUCACCGAGGACGAGGUGAAGCGCUCCAAGUCGGUCGAGAAGAAGCAGGCCGAGCGCUACGCCGCCGGCGGCAAGGUCGAAAACGUCAUUGAGAAGCAGUUCGAGGCCGGUCGCCUCUUUGCCAUCAUCUCCAGCCGCCCCGGCCAGUCCGGCCGCUGCGACGGCUACAUCCUCGAGGGUGAGGAGCUCGCUUUCUACCAGAAGAAGCUCCACAAGUAG